AUGGUCAUACCCGACCAUAGUGCCCACUACUCGCCCGAGCACUGGCACCGUCAGUGGGAUCUGUUCAGGGCCCGAGAACCCCAUCGGCAGGAGUUUCCAGGGGAGCAUCAAGGCAGGGAGGACGUCCUAGAUCUCGAGGACCUGGAGCUAACUCCUAUCCGUGGUGUGGACCGAAUCAGAAACCCAUGGGACAGGGAGCAGGAAGCCAGAAUUAGGCGGGACUAUGCGCUUUGA